CAUGAACAGGAAGCUAAAGCUAAUUAGCUUAGUAUGCUAACCAUUUGCUUUACAAGCUAAUUUAUCAGCUAAUGCUCAGUCCUUUAAAAGUUAUCAAGUCUUAAUAUUGUGUUUAUCAGUGAUUGGUGCUGUCAUGCAACAUACUGAAUGAUUUGAACAUAUGACAUGUCUCAUUUUCAAACCAUUACAUCGGAUAGAAACGCUGCUAGCGUCAUAACCUAAAUAGCUUUAUUGUUAGCUUUUUGGUCAGACUUUGAAACAGCCAUGAGGUCAACGAGCCGACUGCUGCUCGGAGUGCAGUGGGACAACUUUUUCCACUUCAUCGGCUUUGCGCUGCUGUUUUUCCACCCCUCACACUCGUGUGCUGCCGACCCACCGGAGCACGGAACUAGCACCGACACGCUAAUGUUAUGUAGGGCAUGUGGACACGAAGUGGCGUUCGGCACGGACACCCACUUCGUCCCGAGCCGUAUGGCACUAUCCAGCCGCAACGACACGUCAGUAGGUGGUCGAAGGAUCCACAUCCAGCUCUUCGAGAAUCCCCAGGGACUCCAGUUCGAGGUGAUAGUGUUUAAAAAAGCGGACGUUAUUAAGCACUGGCCGGCCGACAGCCACUUCUCCUGGUACCCCGGGUUCUCAUGGACCGUAGCUACCUGUCCUAGGUGUAAAACUCAUUUAGGUUGGGGCUUCCAGCCAAACAGUUGGCCUGAGACCGUCACAAACAAGAAGUUUGAAGAGUCUGAAAACACCUUUUUGGCUUUAAUCGCCCACAGAAUAUUGAGAGAAGACUUUGCAUCAAGUUUGCUAAUGACUCCAAAAUCCUUUACAAGCUGAUGAACUUGACUUGAGGUUUUUCCAUUUUUGGUGCUUUCAAGUGAAUUUUCAAAUAUAAAACUGCACCCC